AUGCAGCGAGCUCUUUCUUCCACCUCCAGGGCUUCGGUCCUUUCCUCCGCCUCCUCCACACGCGCUCCCCUCUCGCGAUUCCGUCCAGCUGGUUUGAGCCUGCAACAACAGAGAUUUGCUCACAAGGAACUCAAGUUCGGCGUGGAAGGCCGUGCUGCACUCCUUAGGGGUAUUGACACUCUUGCAAAGGCUGUCUGCACAACUCUGGGACCCAAGGGAAGAAAUGUUUUGAUUGAAUCUCCCUACGGCUCCCCCAAGAUCACAAAGGAUGGUGUCACUGUUGCCAAGGCCGUUACCCUUCAAGACAAGUUCGAAAACCUGGGUGCUCGUCUUCUCCAGGAUGUUGCGUCAAAGACCAACGAAGUUGCCGGUGACGGAACUACCACCGCCACCGUCCUUGCUCGGGCUAUCUUCUCCGAAACCGUAAAGAAUGUCGCAGCUGGAUGCAACCCAAUGGACCUCCGCAGAGGUAUCCAAGCUGCCGUUGAGGCUGUUGUCGAGUACCUCCAGGCGAACAAGAGGGACAUCACCACCACGGAGGAGAUUGCCCAGGUUGCUACUAUUUCCGCUAACGGCGAUACACAUGUUGGUAAGCUGAUCUCCAGCGCCAUGGAGAAAGUCGGAAAGGAAGGUGUGAUUACCGUCAAGGACGGGAAGACUAUCGAGGAUGAAUUAGAGGUUACCGAGGGAAUGCGAUUCGACCGUGGAUACGUCUCCCCUUACUUCAUCACCGACACUAAGGCGCAGAAAGUGGAGUUCGAGAAGCCCCUGAUUCUCCUUUCUGAGAAGAAAAUCUCCGCUGUCCAGGACAUCAUUCCUGCCCUUGAGGCGUCCACCACCCUCCGACGACCCCUUGUCAUCAUCGCUGAGGACAUUGAGGGUGAAGCUCUUGCUGUCUGCAUCCUCAACAAGCUCCGUGGCCAACUCCAGGUCGCCGCCGUCAAGGCACCCGGCUUCGGCGACAACCGCAAGAGCAUCCUCGGCGACAUCGGCAUCCUGACCAAUGCCACCGUCUUCACCGACGAGCUCGACAUGAAGCUGGAGAAGGCUACCGCCGAUAUGCUCGGCUCCACCGGCUCCAUCACCAUUACUAAGGAGGACACCAUCAUCCUCAACGGCGAAGGUAGCAAGGACGCCAUCGCACAGCGCUGCGAGCAGAUCCGCGGUGUUAUCGCCGACCCUACCACCUCCGAUUACGAGAAGGAGAAACUCCAAGAACGCCUAGCCAAGCUCUCCGGCGGUGUCGCUGUUAUUAAAGUCGGCGGUGCCUCUGAGGUCGAAGUCGGCGAAAAGAAGGACCGUGUCGUUGACGCCCUCAACGCCACCCGCGCUGCUGUCGAGGAAGGUAUCCUUCCUGGUGGUGGCACUGCCCUCCUCAAAGCUGCCGCCAAUGGCCUCGACUCCGUCAAGCCCUCCAACUUCGACCAGCAGCUCGGCGUCAGCAUUGUCAAGACCGCCAUCACCCGCCCUGCUCGCACCAUCGUGGAGAACGCUGGGUUGGAAGGCAGUGUCAUCGUCGGCAAACUCACUGAUGACUUCGCCGGCGACUUCAACAAAGGCUUCGAUAGCGCCAAGGGCGAGUAUGUCGAUAUGAUUGCGUCUGGUAUCGUUGAUCCCCUUAAGGUUGUCCGCACCGCCCUUGUCGAUGCGAGUGGUGUGGCGUCCCUUCUGGGCACUACUGAGGUGGCUAUUGUCGAGGCACCAGAGGAGAAGGGCCCUGCUGCUCCUCCAGCUGGCAUGGGUGGCAUGGGCGGUAUGGGCGGUGUCUUCGAACUAAGACCACAAUCCGCCGGAGGGGCAAAUCGCGAGCCGGCGGGUGCGUGUCCGCAGCCGCAGCCCCAUGGCGGCAUGGGCCAUGCCAUGGCAACCCACCCACUUCCCAACCCAACCCCACCAACAAAAAGGCGUCCCUCAGCCCCUCGAUUCAUUCCAUCCAUUCCAUCCAUCCAUAUCCAUCCAUCCAUCCAUCAUCCGCCAAACAUCGCUUCUUCUACACACCUCUCAUCUACACUUAUCUACCGCUCCUCAUCCUCUCGCCUCGUCUCUACCCGCUCGCCUCUCCUCGCACCCUCUCGUCCCCUUUCGAUUUCCAUCUCCUCCUCUGCGUUACAUAGGGUCUUCACGCCCCGAACGAAGCCCGUUUUUCCCCCCUCCGUAAUUUUCUCAGCCUCCUUGCUUUUAAGCACGAAUACAAUAAACUUGCCACAUCUUAUCCCAUCCGCGUCACCAACUGUACAAUCAUGUCGAGUGAGAGUAGGCUCAGAGUGCAUGAACGCAACCAACGAACUGCGAUUCAAAGGCUUGAAAUACAUCAUCUUCAAGAUCUCGGACGACAAGACGGAAAUCGUCGUCGAAGACUCGUCGACGGAUGACGACUAUGAAGCCUUCCGCACCAAGCUGAUCGAGUCCAAGGAUAGCAAGGGGAAACCCGCCCCCCGGUAUGCGCUGUACGAUGGCAAGUUCGAUCUUGGAAGCGAUGGGAUCCGAAAAAAGAUUAUCUUCAUCUCCUGGGUCCCCAGCGACACACCCACCUUCUCGUCCAUGAUCUACGCCACCACACGAGAAACACUGAAGAACGCAUUGAACCCGCACGUCAGCAUCCACGCCGACGACAAGGAUGAGCUCGAGUGGAAGAACCUGCAGGAGAUUAGCGUGAAGAAAUAG